AUGCACCAGCAGAGGAUCAUCACUUGCUGGGUUCCAGAUGAUGGAGAGUGGCAGAGGGUGGGGAGGCUCGUAGCCAAUAGGAAGUAUCAACAUGUGCUGGACCGUCUAGAAGGUUUGGUUGUUGCUCGUAUAUUUGAACUUUUGAAGAUGAACAGGGCAGGGACAGCAGCUCAGAGUAGGAUGGAUCUUCAUUUCAAGAUGUGCCAAGCACAUGAGGAGAUUUGUUGUCUGGAUAUUGAGGUUCACCAUCUCAUGACCUAUAUACGAGAUGAAGACAAGUAUCUGCGGCUCCCUGGUUUCACUGGUACACUCAUCCCUGGUCUAAGUGCUUGCACCAGUGUCGGAGAGAGUGCUAGCAUGCCAGAUCCUUGGAUUCCUGCUGAUAUGUUUGCUGCUAAUACACCUAUACACAGGCCAUCAUCUUCUGUAGGUGCAGAUACUCAAGAGGACCUAGAUGAAGAGGAGGUGGCAGAGGAGGUGGCAGAGGAAGCCUCAAGGAGUUUGCAGCAUAUCAUCCUCAUCACUGAUGACUUCUCAUGGCUCCAGGUUCUUGAUGAUGGUGAGGCGGAGGAAUAG